UCCAUCGCAAGGUCCUGACUUGGACGACAAGCACAUCACAACUUGCCAUGUGUGAUGAUGGGGCAUGGCCAGACUCAUCUUUGGAACCAUAUUUAAAAGCGAAAGAACUCUUCACGUAUAGAGUAUGGGUUGGACAGUGCAACUUGAAUCUGCCUGCAAGGCGCGUAUAUAUAAACCAAGAGGACAGUCCAUCAAAAUAUUCACAGUUCAACAGCAAAGCCAAGAUCAAAGUCAGAAUCAAUGGAGUUCCCCUCUUCUUCUUCCCUGUUACUCAUCCUGCUUCCUCCCGUGCUGUACAUCUCCUACCACAUCGCGAGGAGCCUCGCCAAGAAGAAGCCCACCACCCACGGCCUCAGGAGGCACCCGCUGCUCGGCCACCUCCCGGCGUUCCUCAAGAACCGGGACCGCUUCCUCGAGUGGUCCACCGAGCUCAUCGUCGCCAGCCCUGACCUCAGGAUGGGCUUCUGGAUCCCCGGGAUGACCACCGGCAUCGUCACCAGCAACCCGGCCGACGUCGAGCACAUCCUCCGCACCAACUUCGCCAACUACCCCAAGGGCGAGCGCGCCAUCUCCAUGCUGGUCGACUUCCUCGGCCACGGCCUCUUCAACUCCGACGGGGAGCAGUGGCUGUGGCAGCGCAAGAACGCCAGCCUCGAGUUCACCACGCGCUCGCUCCGCGGUUUCCUCAUCGACUCCGUGCAGGCCGAGGUCAGGAACAGGCUGCUCCCGCUGCUGCGACGCGCCGCGGCCGGCGGCGUGGUGCUCGACAUGCAGGACGUGCUGGAGCGGUUCGCGUUCGACACCAUCUGCAUGGUCUCGUUCGGGCACGACCCAUGCUGCCUCGCCGACGGCGGGGCCCUGACGGAGGGGAAGUCGGACUUCAUGCGCGCGUUCGGCGAGGCGCAGGACCUCAUCGUCAGCCGGUUCCUCGACCCCGUCGCGGCCUCCUGGAAGGUCAAGAAAUGGCUCAACGUCGGCAAAGAGCGCCGCCUGAAGAAGGCCAUCGCCGACGUCCAUGGGUUCGCCAUGGAAAUCGUCCGCUCCCGCCGUCAAAGUGCGUCUGGGGAAGAAAACAGAGACGACGUCCUGUCAAGGUUCGUGGCGAGCGACGAGCACGGCGACGAGGCGCUCCGGGACAUCGUCCUCAGUUUCCUGAUCGCCGGCCGCGAGACCACGUCCUCGGCGCUCACGUGGUUCUUCUGGCUCGUGUCCUCCCGGCCGGACGUCGUGGCGCGCAUCGCCGACGAGGUCCGCUCGGUCCGGUCCAUGGCAGGCACUCGCCCCGGCGACCCGUUCACGUUCGACGCGCUCCGGGACAUGCGGUACCUGCACGCCGCGCUCACCGAGUCGAUGCGGCUCUACCCGCCGGUGCCUAUCGACUCCCAGUCGAGCGCGGCGGACGACACGCUCCCCGACGGCACCCACAUUGGGGCCGGCUGGAACAUCACGUACAGCGCGUACGCCAUGGGGCGGCUCGCGGUCAUAUGGGGCAAGGACUGCGCCGAGUUCAAGCCGGAGCGGUGGCUCGGCGACGAUGGCGCGUUCCGGCCUGAGAGCCCGUUCCGGUACACGGUGUUCCAUGCCGGGCCGAGGACGUGCCUCGGGAAGGAGAUGGCCUACGUGCAGAUGAAGUCCAUCGCUGCGAGUGUGCUCGAAGAAUUCGCGGUCGACGUCGUCCGCAAGAACGCUGGCAGCGGCGGCGUGCCGGAGCACGUGCUUUCGGUGACGCUCAGGAUGAAGGGCGGCUUGCCUGUCCAAAUCUAACAUAUAAAGCCUCCUAAGUACCCGUCCAUCCGGGGGCAUCGCUAGCGCGCGUCGGUUUUGACCACCCGAUCGAUCUCCUACGGUCGUUUUUUGGCUACUGGCGGCUGGUCAGCCGUCCGUUUUUUUCCACUUUCGUUCCUGAUUCUGGAGAGGAUGGCAGGUGGGGCUCAAUAGACGUGGGGCCACGGAGUCAACCUAAGUUUCCUUCAUCUUUUGGUACGCGGAGUCUUCAUCGCGUGCUCGCCAAUCGCGAUCUGGGUAAAAGCAACCCUAUCCCACGAGCCAAUCCUGCAGCCGCCUCCCCGCUUCCUCCGCACCUCGCCCCACGAGCCCCUCUCCCCUCCGCCGCCUCCUCUCCUUCACUUUUCUCUCGGCGUCGCCACCAAAGGAGGCGCACAUGGGCGGUGGAUCCGUGCCAGAGAAGAGCGGCGGGGACUGCGCUCCGGUAGCAAUGGGGUGCAGCCGGCCGCGGGGAAGAUCGCGCUGCCGCCCUUUCCUUCCUCCAUCCCCGCCCCUGCCACGAACCCCUCCUCUUCCCCUUCCAUACCGGCCUCUGCCGCUCUCCUCGUUGGGCAUCACUCCAUGUUGCGGAGGACGGUUUGCAGCCUGUGCAGUUGAGGUGAGGAACGGAGGUGGGGGGAAGGAGCAACAAUGGGGAAGAUGUUGUGUGCGUUGUGGGAAGUAGCUUGUUGAAAGCCCUGGCUGGCCAGGGGAUAAGAGCAGGAGGUGCUAAUCUUGCUGCAAGUUGUUGGCUGGGUCUCUUUCUCCCUAGGGAAGGCAUAGUAGACCUCGGGGAAACCAAGGAUCUUGCGGUGGCUAUAGCGAUGCCCCUAUCAUCUCAUCCCUCUUUCUAUGUGCUUCUCUCCAUGGACAGCAUCGCCAUGGCCAGAUCGAUGGUUAAAGCCAUAGCAUUUUCCCUUGAUUAAAUUCAGAAGAUGGCGCUCGUUGCCAGCGGGAUCUCGAGGAACAUGUGACCUCCAUGGUGUUCACUGCUAGACGGUGUGGCAAGGAGGGGUACCUUCUGCGGCGAUCUUUCUUGGGGAACCCUGGGCAACCGUCAUUCAGGUCUCCUACUAAAGCUCCUCCUCGCCACCACGAGUGCACGCCAUGUCUUCCACCCUGACAUUGGCCACUUAUGGAGGCUGAUUGAUUUGGUUGGUUCGAUAGGAUCCCAACCUGAGGAGAAUGAUGGUUUGGAGAUGGCUAGCGGCCUGUGGGGCAUCGACCAGACUGGCAGCGCUUCCAGGCAGGAGAGGCUUGGGGGCCUCGUGGGUUGGGAAGAUGGCGGCCACCCGGGUUUCUUCGAUCGAUCUGCGAUCUGGACAGGGCCACGGCAACGCGGGCGUCGGGCGUAGGCGACCGACCCUCUGCAGCCACGCGUUGAUAGUUACCUGUCGAGACUAUAAGAAGAAUUUUGAGGAAGAAUUUGAUCAAGAAGACCAAGAGAGAUGGUUUGCUUUGGAGAGGAAUUAGAUAAGGCCCAUGAGUCCUAAAGAUAAUACAAUCAAUCCAACUGUUAAUUUUGGUGUGCUUUUUGGACGGACUAAUAUGAAGACGCUGGCUAGCUCGCAUUGCCAUCAUAUAGUCUAGAAGCAAGGGCAAGGAUUAUAGGGAAAAUGAAGAUCAAAGAUAUCUCAGAAGCUAUGUCCCCGGAAGCUCCUGUAAACUGAAUAUCCACUGCUGCUGCUACUGAGCUGCGCUACUGAUGUGAUUGAUUGUGAAUUUGUCUUCAGG